AAGCAGAAGAAGAAAAAGAGGGAAACCAUCGUCUGUGCUGCUUCCAUGUCCAGCAAUAUUUCUGCGUCAAGGUUCCCGUUUCCAAAGGUGCAACCGCUGCUAGCGUCGCUAUGGCUACCAAGAAAAGAAGCCUUUCCUGUGACUACGGGGAGCAGGACGGACGGCUGCCCGCGCACAAGCAGCAGAGGGCGGACAAAAAGCGACACGUAGCUGCCUUGAUUCUGGCGCGGGGAGGAAGCAAAGGCAUCCCUCAGAAAAACAUCAAACCGUUAGCCGGAAUCCCGCUGAUUGGAUGGGUGCUGAGGGCUGCCGUGGACUCCGAAGUGUUUGACAGUAUUUGGGUAUCAACUGACCAUGAUGAGAUUGAGAAGGUGGCUAAAUCCUGGGGUGCCAAGGUGCACCGCAGGAGUCCUGAAGUCUCCAAAGACUCGUCCACGUCUCUGGAAACCAUCAGUGAGUUUGUCGAGCUCAACCCAGGCGUGGAUGUGAUCUGUAACAUUCAGGCAACUUCCCCGUGUCUCCAUCCGUUCCAUCUGAAGAACGCCCUGGAGAUGAUCACGGAGAAGGGCUUCGAUUCGGUCUUCUCGGUGGUCAGGAGACACCAGUUCCGCUGGCAGGAGGUCAAGAAAGGAUCUGGUGAGAAGACCAGACCGUUGAAUCUGGACCCGGCCAAGCGUCCUCGGCGCCAGGACUGGGACGGAGAGCUGUGUGAGAACGGCUCCUUUUACUUCACCACUAAAAACCAGCUAGUGCAGGAAAAACUGCUGCAGGGCGGUAAGGUAGCCUACUUCGAGAUGCUGCCAGAGUACAGCGUGGACAUCGACGUGGACAUCGACUGGCCUGUGGCAGAGCAGAGGGUUCUCAGGUAUGGUUACUUCGGCCGGGCCACGCCAGAGGUGGUGCGUCUGAUGUUCUGCAACGUUUCCGGAUGUUUAACGGACGGAAGGAUCUCCCUGUCUGUGUCCGGAGAGGAGAUGGUGUCUAUCAAUGCAAGAGACACCUCGGGCAUCCGCAUGCUGCAGGGAGAAGACAUGGAGGUGGUGCUGCUGACCUCAGACCUGGACCCUGUGGCCCAGUCGCUGGCCGACAGACUGGCCAAGAGGACGGGUUGCAAGGUCAUGCAGGUGGGUAAGGAGCCCCUGGACGAUCUGAAGCGCAUUGUGGAGCAGAAGAAGCUGGACUGGAAGGAUGUGGCAUACAUGGGUAAUGACAAACCGGAUGUCGAGUGUCUGAACCUGGCGGGUAUGAGCGCCGUACCUAAAGACGCUCCGGUGGUAGCCAUCAAUGCUGCAAAGUACACGUGCCAACACUGUGGGGGGAUGGGAGCCGUGAGGGAGUUUGCCGAACACAUUCUCCUGCAGAAAGAAAAGGCCAAGGCGCAGCUAGAGCAGCACCGCAUCGACCGCCACAACUUCUAACUCUGAA